AUGACUUUCCCAGUCUCCCUGGGCCCAUCUCGCAAACGACAGGAGCCUGACCACUAUCUCGACCAACCACCACCGCUAUCGAAGAGGCCGAAGGUUGACCAGCCAAGUCCAGCAUAUUGGGAUAAUUUGUCAAAGAUUUGGCUAACGAGGGACGCUCUCAAAGAGUUGGAUCGACGAAACCGUGCCUUGAGCAGUAACAUAGAGCCAUCUCGCUCCCACCACCGCCACCACCGGCCUCUCACUCGAAAACUUCAGGAGAGGCUAAAGCAUCGUUACGAGGCACCUGCCCCCGACCCCCUAGUCAACUGCAAGCCCGAGAGUCUGAGGGAGAUUAAAAGACUCUCCAGACAAGGCGGACCUGACCUGUCUGACAUCAGGAACUUCCCAGAUCCUCAUAUUCCCUUUUAUCAAUCAAUGAGUACAAAUACUUCACGUUCACGCAGCCGGAAGCGACGUGCAGGGUCUCCUGCAGAUAAUAGCAACAAUAGCAAUAACAAAAGCACAAAAACCACAAGCACCACCGCAUAUAACCGUAACUUUGAGCAGAAGUUGAUUGACCACGGUGUUUACCCGCCUAGGUAUAAGUAUCCUGAUGGUCAGAAACCAGCAAAGCCGGAUAACUGGCUGGAGAUCAAUGAUCGAUUAGCGCAACCCCGAGCCUCUCUCUCGCCAUCAAAGUUCUCAGAGCAUGAAUUUGAUGAGUUUGUAGAGGCGGAUGUGAAUGCGUCCAAGGAGAAGCCUGUCAUACGCUUCGCCGUCCCUAUUAUUGAAGGCCGUGUUGACGAUAUUAGGUGUAUGGGUGGGGACUACCCGUUCGGUAACCUUGCUCCUUUAACGGAUGGCACUCUGGCAAAUGCAAAACCGGAUCAUUUCUUUGGUGCUCGCCCUGAGCAACUUAACUCUGAAAUCCGAGAUGAACUUAGUGACCAUAUUAUACCGUCAACGCAGAGCUCCCUUCCGAUGGCUCCCAACUUCUUUCUAGAGGCAAAGGGUCCUGACGGGUCGCCUGCCGUGGCCACGAGGCAAGCUUGUUACGAUGGCGCACUGGGGGCUCGAGGAAUGCAGAAACUUCAGUCGUACAAGCAGGAGCCUGUCUAUGAUAAUAACGCUUACACUAUCACGUCAACGUACCAAGCUGGUCAACUCAAACUCUAUACAACUCAUCUCACUGCCCCUCAAGAAAGUAGCCGUUCCGAAUACAUUAUGACUUCGCUAAGAUCAUUUGCGAUGACGGAUAACCGGGACACAUUUCGAAAAGGAGCCUCCGCAUAUCGAAAUGCACGAGAUUGGGCAAAAGAACAGCGGGAUGAGCUCAUAAAAGCUGCGAACGAGAGACACGCUCAGCCUCAAUCUGAAACUCUCUCAUCUGAACACGGGGCAACUUCCGAGCAGACAGUCGUCCUAGAGGACUCUGAUACGUCAGCCACGCCUGGCUCUGAAAAAACAAGCUAA